CCAUUACAUCUUAUCAGAGUUGCACUUGUGUUAACACCGAAGCCCAGCUGUUUUGUGACUUUCCUUUUCCUUUUCCUAAACGCUACCACAAUGAAAGCUAAGGGGCAGUUAAAAGAAUAUGAGGUCAUUGGACGCAAAUUACCGUCCGAAAAGGAGCCGCAAACCCCUCUGUAUAAAAUGAGAAUUUUCGCUCCUGACAACAUUGUGGCUAAAUCACGUUUUUGGUAUUUUUUACGACAAUUGAAAAAGUUUAAAAAAACUACUGGCGAGAUUGUUUCCCUCAAGGAAGUCUACGAAACCUCACCAAUUAAGAUUAAAAAUUUUGGAAUUUGGUUGCGUUAUGAUUCACGUUCUGGCACUCAUAAUAUGUAUCGUGAAUACCGUGAUCUAACUGUUGGUGGAGCUGUUACACAAUGCUAUCGAGACAUGGGUGCACGUCAUCGAGCUCGGGCUCAUUCCAUACAAAUUAUUAAAGUUGAGCCGAUACCUGCCAGCAAAACUCGUCGUACCCAUGUUAAACAGUUCCACGACUCUAAGAUCAAAUUCCCGUUGGUGCAGCGCGUUCAUCACAAAGGCAACAGGAAGCUGUUUUCGUACCGAAAACCAAGAACCUAUUUCCUCUAGGUUUCUAAGAACUUCUUGUUUUGUGAGUGGAUUAGCCUAUGUGAACCUCGGUUAAAUGGAAAUAAAAUUGAUUUGUAAAACGUCGAUUGUGUAUUUUAAAACAGUAGAAAUGACAUUUUACUUAGUGAUGGUAGAUUAUCAAUUCAAAAUGCCGUUUAUUUUUCAGCUUUUUUUUUUUGGAAUAAUUCGAUUUUGUGUAUUACUUCAAGAAUUUGCAUAAAUAAAAACACCUGGUUACUUUUUUGUGGAUGUAACAAUGACGAUAGCAAAGGCAAAAAAAA